GUUGCCUGCUCUUCGACUGCGUGCCGAGCUCCGCUACGUGGAGCCCCACCAGCGGCAGCGCAGCACAGAGACGGCCAUGGCUACACUGCGUCUUCCGGUGCAAAAAGGAGGCCCGUGGUGACGCGCUUCGCACCUUCUCCCACAGGGUACCUGCACAUUGGGGGAGCGAGGACGGCGCUGUUCAACUACCUGUUUGCAAGACAUCAUGGCGGCAAGUUCCUGAUGCGCAUCGAGGACACCGACGCCGAGCGGCACAACGAAGCCGCCGUCGAUGCCAUCCUUCAGGGAAUGGCUUGGCUGGGCACGCCCCACGACGGAGAGAUCGUUCGGCAAAGA